GGGCAAAAAUUUUUGAGAGAAGUUAUAAAAGACAUAAAUAAAUGGAAAGACAUACCAUGUUCAUAGCUGGAGGGCUUAAUAUUGUUAAAAUAUAGAUAGAUACCACCUAACAAAGCAAGCUACAGGUUAAGUGCAAACCUUAUCAAAACCCCAAAGGUGUUUUUUGCACAAAUCAGAAAACCCAUUUUAAAAUUCAUUUGAAGCGUUACAGUGGUAUUCUCAGAGUUCCUGUGCCCCUGCCAGCGCUGCCCGGACGGCCUCCCAGAGCGGCAACCCAGCCGCAGCCAGCGACACCCUGCUUGUAAAGAAGCCAAGCCCAGCAGGGGUGCUGCCCCAGGGUAGGGGUGGGAGAGCCAUGGACAAGAUGUUACAGCAGGAGCUGAUGACACUCGUGAUCUCUGGCAACAAAGAAAUUUCUGCCUUCCCUGAAUCAGACAACCUUUUCAGGUAUAAGCUCACCCUAGAGCUCCCCAGUGGCUUCCCAUACAAUGCGCCAACAGUGAUAUUCCUCACAUCCUGCUACCGCCCCAACAUGGACACCCAGAGUAGCAUCUGCCCGGACAUCCUGAAGGACCAGCGGUUUGCCCUGUAUGACGUCGGGACCCUCCUGCUCUCCAUCCGGAGCCUGCCAGGAGAGCCCACUGUGGAUUGCCCCUUGAGCGCACAUGCUGCCGAGCUCUGGGAAAACCCCAACGCCUUUGAGAAGUACAUGCAAGAAACCUAUGGGAAGCAGGUCUCCAGCCGAGAACCCGGACCCGGGCUGUCCAGCCCCUCUCCUUGUGCUGUCUUAUUUUUCCUUAGAUGGUCUGUCCUUGCCUUAAUUUCUUUAUAUGACUCUGUAUCUUCAGUUGUGGUGUCAUAUUUGUUUUGUUUAUGUUUUUUAAAUCAAGUCUCUGGUUGAACCCCUGUGAUGAAUAUAUUAAAUAAGUGUA